CAUGAAUAAUUCCCCUUUGGAUACCAGACCCCCACACAACAAUCCAAUCCCCAUCUCACCUCCGAUUCGAAAACCCUACCUUACAAUCAUGGCCAUGGAGAAGGACAACAACAACCACGCUAGCAACGUCGCCGUCACUGCCACCGCCGAGCAAGCCACCAAGGUUAACGACGCCGAUGCACGGUUGCCGCCGGAGAAUCGUCAGACCGGUGUCGUCGUCUCGGAAUCCGUAAGCGGAAGCGAGAAAGGAGAGGAAGGUGCGGAGACGGCGGUUGCAGCGGUGUCUGUGGAGGAUGAUGAUGAGAGCGGGGGAUCGAGUUUGGUACCUCCCCGAUCUUCCUCGGCUAGGGUUCCCUUCACUAAUCUGAGCCAGAUCGAUUCGGAUCUUGCUCUCGCUCGCACGCUCCAAGAACAGGAGCGGGCGUAUAUGAUGCUGACGAUGAACAGUGAGAUCAGUGACUAUGGGAGCUGGGAAACUGGAAGCUAUGUAUACGAGGAGGAUGAGUUUGAUGACCCCGAGGAUGAGGAGGAAGACGAAUACGAAACAGAUGAUGAUCCUCAGGAAGAUGUGCAAGCCAAUGGAGACGAUCAGGAAAAUGGUGGCGCUGACACCACCGAGGAAGUUGGUUAUUCAGAUGAUGAAACUUUUGCUAGAGCUCUUCAGGAAGCUGAGGCAAGGGAGAUGGCUGAUAGGUUGUCUGCCUUGACUGGGUUAGCUAAUCGGGUUGAAGUUCUAGAGGAUGAUGAUCAUACUUCUGAGGAUGCCUGGGAUGAGAUGGACCCUGAUGAGCUUUCAUAUGAGGAGUUGCUUGCGCUUGGCGACAUUGUGGGAACCGAGAGUAGAGGGUUGUCAGCUGAUACAAUUGCAUCUUUGCCUUCAAAAAGAUAUAAAGAUGGAGAAAAUCAGAACGGAACCAAUGAGUCGUGUGUUAUAUGUCGUCUAGACUAUGAGGAUGACGAUGACUUGAUACUGCUUCCAUGCAAACAUUCUUACCACUCGGAGUGCAUUAAUAACUGGUUGAAGAUAAACAAGAUUUGUCCUGUAUGCAGCGCAGAAGUUUCAACUUCCUCAGCUGGACAAAGCUGAAUAGCAAAGGAAGGGAUAUCCAGAAAAAGAUCAUAAGCUAAGAACUCCAUUACCUUUGUUGUCUGUUUGUACACUGUAUAAACUAAACCAUCAUCAGAUUUUUUUGUGGAUCCUUCAAAUAAUCUGAAUCUCAUCUUCUUGCACUCUA